UUUAGUAGAGUGGAAAAACUUUUGUCCUUCGCUGACCUAGGCGCUCAGCUGGCUCAGCUGCAGCUGAUCUUCUGGCUUGCUAGCUGUCAUGCUAGCUACACUCUUUGAUUUCCAAUGCCCUCCUCUGUGGCUGCUUUUCCCUGUGCUGCCUACAGGAAGCUCCUUCCCUGGUUGCUAAGGCAACCGAGGACGAUGGCCCCCAGCAGGAGUUGGGGAAGCCUUGGGCUGUCUUUCAGCUCGGCGCUGUGCAGUGUGCCUGCUGACCCGCCGCUGACUGGGAGGCGGAGCCAACUUUGCAGAGGAGCUUCGCCUGGCCCAGUAUGGGUCCUGCCGUCCCGCUGUCCCACUGUGAGACAGAGCUCCAGCAUCAGAGCUAGUGCUCCUUUCUCCCCCUGCUGGCCACUUCAAUGCUCUGACCCACUGUGCUCGACUAGUAACAAGAGCACAGGCGGCAAGAUGUCAUCUUCUUCCUCCACCUCCUCCUCUAAUGCUGCAAAUGGACAAGGGAAGCCUAAGCCUAAAUCCCCGAUGCACAAGAGGGGGAGCCUGCAGAGCACCACCAGCCCUGAUCUUUGCGGUGCAUCUGGGCCCAAACCCCUCAAAACCCAGCGAUCCCUUCCAGGGACGCCUGUUUCUCUCGCACACUGCCCAAUCGACCUGCGCACAUCAAUGGAGGAAAAGUACAAAGAGAUUGCUGAGGAGCUGUUCACACGCAGCAUGACAGAGAGUGAGAUGCGGAGUGCUCCGUAUGAGUUCCCGGAGGACAGUCCCAUCGAACAGCUGGAGGAAAGACGUCAUCGCCUGGAGAGGCAGAUCAGCCAGGAUAUUAAGCUUGAGCCAGAGAUCUUGCUCCGUGCCAAACAGGACUUCAUGAAAAUCGACAGUGCUGCAGACCUAGAGUUAAUGAAAGACAAAAGUGUGGACACUGUUGAUGAUGCCGUUAAGGAGCGAGAAAUGCCGAUGGAGAGAGAGUACCAGCGGGUCUCAAUAUCUGGAGAGGAAAAGUGUGGGGUGCCCUUCACUGACCUAGUAGAUGCUGCCAAGUGUGUUGUGAAGGCACUAUUUAUCCGGGAAAAGUACAUAAACCGUUCCCUGCAGAACUUUUGUAAGACUACAGCUCAUGCCUUGCAGGACCUUGGGAUGAAGACUCUGGAUCUGGGAAUUUAUGAAGAUGUACCAGAGACCCCUGUAGACGCUGAUGCCCCGGUCCAUCCACCUGUUUCUGAAACACACCCUUACGACAAUCAGGACCCCAAUAACAUGCCACCAGACACAGAAUAUGGUUGCAAGAUGGUAGACGGGGUAGUCCAUGUCUACACUAAGAAAACCAACAUGGACAAAAGUGGAGAACUUGACCUGCCGUAUCCUGACCUUAAAGAGUAUAUUGCAGACAUGAAUGUGAUGAUGGCUCUUAUUAUCAAUGGGCCAGUGAAGUCUUUCUGCUACCGUCGCCUGCAGUACCUAAGCUCUAAAUUUCAAAUGCACAUCCUUCUGAACGAGAUGAAGGAGCUGGCAGCUCAGAAGAAAGUUCCUCAUAGAGACUUCUACAACAUCAGAAAGGUGGACACACACAUACACGCCUCAUCCUGCAUGAACCAGAAGCACCUGCUGAGAUUCAUUAAGAGAGCCAUGAAGAAAUAUCCCGAGGAGAUCGUUCACAUUGAGCGUGGGCGUGGUCAGACCCUCAAGGAGGUUUUUGAGAGCAUGAACCUGACUGCUUUCGAUUUGAGUGUAGACACGCUCGACAUGCACGCGGACCGUAACACAUUUCAUCGGUUUGACAAGUUCAACGCCAAAUACAACCCCAUCGGAGAAUCCAUCCUCAGAGAGAUCUUCAUCAAGACAGACAACUACAUCGAAGGGAAAUAUUUUGCACAUAUAAUUAAGGAGGUGAUGUUUGACCUCGAAGAGAGCAAGUACCAGAACUCUGAGCUCCGUCUGUCCAUCUACGGCCGCUCUAGAGAUGAAUGGGACAAGUUGGCUCAGUGGGCUGUCAAGCACAGCGUGUAUUCUGAUAAUGUGCGCUGGCUUGUCCAGGUGCCCCGUUUGUUUGACGUGUACCACACAAAGAAGCAGCUGGCUAAUUUCCAGGAGAUGCUGGAGAACAUCUUCAUGCCUCUGUUUGAAGUCACAAUCAACCCCCGUAGUCAUCCUGAGCUGCAUCUCUUCUUGGAGCAUGUGGUGGGCUUUGACAGCGUGGACGAUGAGUCCAAACCAGAGCACCACAUUUUCAAUCUCGACAGUCCGCUUCCAGCAAACUGGACAGAAGAAGACAACCCACCCUACUCUUACUACCUCUACUACACCUAUGCCAACAUGAGUGUGCUCAACCACCUGCGAAGACGGCGAGGUUUCCAUACAUUUGUGCUGCGACCUCACUGUGGGGAAGCGGGGCCGAUCCACCACCUGGUGUCGGGUUUCAUGCUGUCAGAGAACAUCUCUCAUGGUCUGCUGCUCAGAAAGGCUCCGGUGCUACAGUAUCUUUAUUACCUUGCUCAAGUCGGCAUUGCCAUGUCACCACUGAGCAACAACAGCCUGUUCCUCAGUUACCACCGCAACCCACUGCCAGAGUAUCUGUCCAGAGGCCUCAUGGUCUCCCUGUCCACCGAUGAUCCUCUCCAGUUCCACUUUACCAAGGAACCUCUGAUGGAGGAGUACAGCAUCGCCACUCAAGUGUGGAAACUAAGUUCAUGUGACAUGUGUGAGCUGGCAAGAAACAGUGUCCUCAUGAGUGGAUUUUCACACAAGGCCAAAAGCUACUGGUUGGGUCCAAAUUACGCUAAGGAGGGUCCUGAGAGCAACGACAUCCGCCGCACCAAUGUCCCGGACAUCCGCGUGGCGUACCGAAGCGAGACGCUCACCGAGGAGCUUCAUCUCAUCACUCACGCUGUGCGCACGGACGAGCUGGACGCUAUCGACGAGGAGGACUCUCUCACCAUGGGCUCUUUCCCGGGACGGCGCUGAAAUCUGACAAAAUGUAAAAUCCCCAACCCCGUGGUCCACUCAGCAUGACACUGAAGACAUGUGCUGUGAGAGCAGCAUAAACACCGCCACAACAAUUGUACAAGUAUGACAGCAGCACAGCUAUGAAAAAGCCAAGAAUAUAGUUCUGCCAGAACACUUAGGCUCCACUUACUUUAAUGUUGCUGGGGGGGGGGGGACAUCCAGCCAUGUGUUAUUUUAUUUAAAGUUUCCCCAAAUGUCCAUUGUUUGCAACCUGAGUCAGUUCCAUGGAGGUUUGCAGGGCCUGCCAUCAGGGUUUUUUGAGAUUGAACAGCAGGGAAACGUGUGUUUGUAUUCCUGUCCUGUCAAAGCCAUCAGAUGGUCCCUGUGGUGUUUUCUGUUAAUUAGUAACAUGCUUUCAUAGUAGUAGCUGCAGUAUUUACACUGACAACCAGCACAUUUAAACCUCCCCUGUUUUGUUUAGCCUCUUCUAUACUUAGUCAUUCUGUUCUUUCAUUUGAUUACACAGAAAUGAAGAAUUACUGAUGUAUUUUUGCUGGAAUAAAACGCUUUGAUUGUUGGUGGAGGUUGGACUUACCUGCACAGCAAACUGUGACGGGCAUCUUGUUUAAUCUACUGAAUGCUGCAGCACUAAAUCAUAGCUGCGUGUGUCUUGCUUGGUGUGGUUUUUAAUCAUAUACUUGCUAAAUUGCACUUUCUAGAAUCGUUCUUCCAUGAUUCAGUCAGCACAGAAAGAAAAAAACUCCACAGUCGAGAGGAGAGAAGCAGGCUGAUGCAAACAUUCCUUGAAGCGAAUGGGACUCUUUAAGCAGCGUACGAAGCGACCUCGUCAAAAAUGAUGAGAUGUUUGUGCGCUGAAAGAGAGACACUGUAGAUUUUAAUCACAGCACAAAAAAUGUGGAUGAGUUCUCACUUUGACCUCACUGUGACCACGAAGCCCCCCUCUGUAUGUCUUAGGGGCCCCAAUCACUCUCAUUCCUUUUACUAGACAGUCACAGAGGUUUUUCCCCUUUGCAUGCAAUGCACUGUACAUAUGCACCCAGCCAAGGUUUCACAGUGCCUUUUCAUUUUUAGCUUUGAGCAGUGCAUGCUCUCUUUCUCGCCUGCUUAUUUUCCCUCAGUCGAUAAACACUGAGCAUAUACGCGCUUCACACUGAUUAGCUGAAACCACCUAGCUGCAUGCUCAGUGUAAAGUAGCUUUUACUUUUGCCUUUAGGAGGAUCUAUUACCUGUUCUGUGAGUAUGUAAAUGAUUUUUUUUUUUUAAUUUGCAUGUCUGCACGAUUAAUGGAUGGCAGGAGAGAAUGAGACUGAUGUUUACAGCAAGCUUUAAUGUAAAACAUCUAAACUAAUUCAGGGCUGCUGACCAGCUUUCAAUCCAGAAUCUGUUUUGUAAUGUAGCAAGCAGGUUUGUACUCUGCUCUGUUCACCAUGUACGAAUUCACAAACCAUGCUGGGACAUGGUUAAGACAUUUGCAUGGUACUUGUAGCAUUUUUUUUUUUUUUUACUUGCCCCAAACCUGGUCAAAGCUGGUAUCACCCACCUCGGGAUUUUUGUAUUAUAACAUCACACUGCCUGCCACUGGAUCUCCCAUCAGACUGCAAGCAUACUUGUUAAACCCCAGUCGAGUAAGACUUGAUGCCAAGACUAGAAGAGAACGAGUCAGAAAGUAUUGGGCUUUAUCUGAAUAACCAGCUGUAAAGUAUUAGGGUAGGAAAGUGUUUGCUUUAGAGGUGGUUAGGAUAAAAACGGAGAAUCCGUCAUUUUUCAGCUAUAAAUCGUAGCUACGCAAGUGGAGCUCUGUGGAAAUGUCACUGUGGGAGUUUCUGUAAAGAGUGUAUUUUUUUUGAAGGCAAUACAAAGAUGGGUAAUUUUAUCUAAUUGAUGUGAAGGUUUGACACUUCAAUUUGUCUGUUUAUUGCUUUUUGAAUCUAAGUGGACACAGAUUGUCUGCUCGGCCUCUUUAUUACUGCAUUAGUCGUUAUUCUUCACCUGUUUUUAUUCCUGUGAACUCUCAGUAUUUCAAUGCAAAUGUAACAGAUAAAGUGUCAAAGUUGGUACUUUUUACUCUAAAGCAAAACGUCACCUCCAGCAGCGUCUGUGAACACUUUGGCCCUUGAACAUUUUCAUGUGAACCAAAACACUGAUGGAUUUUACAUCUACACUGACGUUAGCCUUUUACUCGCUCUGUUUAAUAUUCAUUUUUGACUACUCUGUAACAUUUUGCACUGUGAUUAUGGGAGUUUUUUUGAUUACAGUUGCUCAUGCUGCUACGGCAUUUGUCAUCUGAACCUAAAAUUUUCCACUCGUUCGGUUUCUAUCUGUUCACCUUUACAUCUUGUUGUUUACUGUUUAUUAUGUUAAUUAUGUCCAACAUAUAGUACACCCUACCUCACAAAUCAUGUCUUUUUGGAGCCCAGCAGCAGUAUUCAAAACUGCAACUCACAGCAAUCAACUGCUGACAUACUGAAAACUACAUAAAAGUCCCAUUAUAGUUUCGCAUAGUUCAAAUUAAUAUAUUACUCAUAUAAUUAAUAUAUUGAAGCCAACCGUCAGGAAAAAAGAAAAAGCAACAACUCCUUUUACUUCAGAAGCUCACGUUUCUGGUAUUGUUGUAUUAAAACCAAUAUUUCAAUAUAUACCGAAGAUUGAGCUCAGUAAAUAGUAGCACAUGAGGGUCAGAGAGAAAAAACCUGAAGUGGAGUAACACUGAGUGGGAGCCAACACAGAAACACAGCAUAUAUUCAAACAUGGAGUUAACAGUUCACAGUCCGGAUAAUGUGUUCGGCAUCAUUUACAUUACUAACCUCAGUGCUCUAAGUAUUCUGAUACUCAGUGUGUGUUCAGCUGAGGUUUUAUUCUUUGUUUUUACAGCCAUGUAACUGUGUAGACAUUAUUAUUAUUAUUAUUAUUAUUAUCAUUUUUAUCAUUUUUUAAAUUCUGCCUGGUUUUAUGUCCAUUAAUCUGUAAUCUGUAGCCUUAUUGCUUGAGAUGGACUGCCAGUGUUUUACAGAUUCAGAUGCCUCUGAGGUUCACGUGUAAUGACUCGACAACAAAAUAAAGCAUGUUAAUUCA